AUGGGUGCCAAUGCCCGUGGACACACAUACAUUGCUGUGAGCACUGCGCUUGUCGUAUUGUCCACGGUUAUUGUUGGCAUUCGUGUUGCUGCGCGAGGGAUCAAGUCAAACCUGGGAUGGGAUGACUAUAUGAUAUCAUGCUCGGGCAAGCCAUUUUCUGUACAGUCCCUAACUCACAGCGAGUGUUUCUUCGCAAACGAAAUCUCAUACACCCUCCUUGUCCCUACUAUAAAAGUCUCCAUCCUGUUACUCUACCGUCGAAUCUUCAGCGUCCCCAAAUUCCAACUUGCUAGUCUACUCGCCGGCGGCCUAGUCCUAGCAUGGUGUCUUGCAGUUUUCAUCACCGUCCUCGUUCAAUGUCGUCCGAUUUCUUUCAACUGGAACAAAAACCAGUCCGGCACUUGCAUCAACGCGAAAUCAUUCUUCUUCGGGAAUGCGAUAUCCAAUCUUCUCAUUGACGUGGUCAUCCUCGCUUUGCCGAUUCCCAUGGUCUUACAACUCCAACUACGCCUAUCGCAGAAGCUGACCAUUCUGGGUAUCUUUCUUCUCGGUGGUUUUGUAUGUGUCGCGAGUGUCAUGCGCGUGGUUACGCUCGAUAUUUUCAAUGACGAUACGUCAUGUGCGUUUGCUCGAAAUUUCCCCUGCAUCCGAAAUAACGUAACUGAUGUCCGGUUCAUUCUAGAUUCUAUCAUGGAGGCCGCUACCUGGACCUUCGUCGAGCCUUGCGUCGGUAUUAUUUGCGCUUGUUUGCCAACUAUGCGUCCGUUGCUGCGAGCGUUGUGCUGUUCGUUCUCGUGGAGUACGGGGGAUUCUAAGGACGCGCCUGUUGGUAAGAAUUAUGGGAUGCAGAGGAUAUCUAGGUCUGACAUGAAUAAUGACGAAGCAUGGGGCCAUGACCGGUUCGGUGAUGAAUAUGCGUUGACGGCAGGAAGCUCGAAAUCGAGGGUCCAUGUGGAUGACGCUUUAUAG